AUGGUGCAGACGCUGGAGCUGCGCGCGACGCAGGACGGCGUCAUCUGGCCGCGGCGGCCGCUGGUGAGCAGCAAGGGACUGCUCUCGCGCGUGCAGAACCUGCCGCUGAGCUCGCACGACAAGAGCCCCGCGCGCUUCCGCGCCGUGGCCUUCAACGCGUCGGGCGAGCUGCUGGCGGCCACGGACGAGCGCGGCCGCGUCUUCGUCUUCUUCGUUACGCUCAACCGCUACGCGCUGGUGCAGCACCUGGGGGCGCCCUCCGUCAGCUGCUGCUUCAGCCCCGCGCGCAAGACGGAGCUGCUCGUGACCUGCGAGGACGAGACCGUGCGCUGCAUCGACGUGCAGGCCCAGACGCUCAUCAGCACGCUGCGGGGCCACCGCUUCCCGGCGCGCUGCGCGUCCUUCCAGAGGUCGGGUCAGCUGGCGCUCACGGCCUCGCAGGACGCGGUGAUCCUCUGGGACACCAAGGACUGGUCCCGCUACCGGGUGCUGAAUGCCGGCCCAGGCGUGGAGGAGGCGACGUUCGUGGCCAGAGGAGACCUCGUGGCCGUGUGCUUCCAGGACGACACCAUCAUGAUGUGGGAGCUCGAGUCGCUGGCGCUCAGGUACCGCUUCUCGCUGCCCGAGAGAGAGCAGUCGCCAGGACUGCAGAAGAUCGCGGUCUCGGAUGACCAGAAGGUGCUCGUGGCAAGCGGACGAGCGCCGUUUGUUUACGUGUGGGAGUUUGAGUCGCAGACGAUCAUCCGGAUCAUCGAGCUCCCGCCGCCGAUCAAGCACGUUGUCAGUCACGCGUUCCUCCCAGGUCAUAGCACGACGAUUAGCAUUUUGGGCGAUGACGGAAGCAUCUUCUUCCUCGAUGUUGCUGCCAAGAACCCGCAGAUCAAGCUGGAGAUCAGCAACAACGGACGCUCCAUUUCAGCUUUUGAUAUCGAGUGCCACGCCCGCUAUCUCGCAGCAUCGACGAGUGAUGGCUUUCUGCUGUUGUACGACAUGGAGAUUGCACGAGAGACUGCUGCUCGCGCUCAGAAACGACGGAGGAAAGAGGGGCUGAUGGAUCUUGGGGAGCAUGCGCGCAUCCGCACUCGAUCUGGUCGACCUGUUCCUUCGAAGCUGAUUGACAGUUUGUUCGGAGCGAAGGUGCCCAAGCGGGCUGGCCCAAGUGCUACACGAACCCGCGUUCGCGCUACGGCAGGACCCCUCAGGUUGCCGACCAAGGAUCUGCUUGACUGCGAUUCACCAACGUUGCGGGAGAAAGUCUGGACUCGGCGGAAGUGCCCACUGGCGCGGCCUCCUGUCCAGUUGACAGCUCAAGAGAUCGAGACAAAUCAUAAGCGCCUCGUUGGAAGUCUAAGGUGCAAUGGCAUGUACCCCAAGAAAUACCGGGUGCUUGUGUGGCGUUUCUUUCUUCGCCUGCCCAAGAAUGAAGAAGCUUUUCGAUCGCUGGUGGCAAAGGGUAAACAUCCAGUAUUUGUUCGGCUCAAGGAUCAGUACCCAUUACAAGACAGCCGUAUCUUUCGUCGCCUUCACCGUGUUUUGUCGGCAAUUGUUUAUUGGUGUCCAGCUUUCGGUGAAGUUAGCUACCUGCCUGUUGUCGUGUACCCGUUUGUCAAGAUUUUCCGAGAAAAUGACCUGGCAGCGUUUGAAGCGAGCGUCAGCGUCAUGCUUCACUGGUGCGGCGAUUUCCUCAUAAGUCUUCCGUACCCGCCCGUGUUUGCCAUGAGUGCUAUCGAGAAAGAGCUGGCUCGGCGAGACGCUCAACUCUUUGACCACUUUACUCGAUACCAAGUCACGUCCGAAGCGUUCGCGUGGAGUUUGCUCAAGACUAUUUUCACGGAAGUGCUCAGCGAAGACGAGUGGAUGUGCCUGUGGGAUCAUCUCUUCACGUACUCAGACACUCCACAGCUCCUAUUUGUCGCUGUAUUGGCGUAUCUGUCGUACUUUCGGACAGCUCUCCUCGCUUCUUGUGACCGGUUCUCGAUCGAGCAAUUUUUCCACCAGCAGAACGCUAUCGAUAUUCAAAAGUUUGUCCAGCUAAUGAUGAAUCUACGGUCAAAGCUGGAUCUGAGCGAUCAAGGCCGCGCACCGUACUGGCCACUGUCGAGAGGGCAGUACCCCGCCUUCGCGCACUAUCCACGAUUUGUUGUGGAUUUCCAGAUCAGCGAGCGCAACCGUAUCGCCCUGGAAGAAGCAGAGCUGGGUCACAAGCAAAACCUCCUCGAUGAUAUUGAAGACGAGUCGAGGAAAUUGAAGGCAGAGCACGAAAAGUGGAUGAAGGAGAGAAAACUGGUUCUCGAAGCCGAAGAGCGGCGGCGCAAGGAAGCGAUUGCUGCUGAAAAGGAGAGAAUACUUCACUUGAAGACUCUGGAUUAUGAGACCCGAAAGCGAAGGCUCCAACACCUCAGCAAUAUGGAGGCAUCUGCUCAUGAAACUCUGGAGGAGGCAUCUAAAAUGCUGCAGACGGAGUAUCAGCGGCUGGAAAGUACGCUAGCGAUGCAGAAGGAGCGGAUGGAGUUCGAAAUCUCGUCGCGCAAGCAAGAAGAGGACUUGCAGCGAAUUGAAUCGGAGACGCACGAUCGUGUGCGGGGAAUUCACAAGCGGCGCGAAAUGGAAGAGCGCCUGUCACGUCUUCGUACUGAGUUCGAGACUCGAGUGAAGCAGCAAGAGCUUCAGGAUAUGCUGAAGUUUGAGAGCUGGAAACGGGAAGAUGAAGAGCAGGCUCGCAAAGCAAAGAUCCUGCUGCGUCGACGUGAGGAA